AGGGUUUCUUACCCUCAGAGAGAAAGAGGGAAAGAAAGAAGACGAUUUUUACAGGAGAGGGAGAGAGAGAGAUGAAGGGAAUCGGAGGGCCGCUACUGUGCAUCGGCGAUCUGCUGAGUGAUGUCGGAGAAGGCGAUUCUGAGGACCACCACAACCACAUCAAGGUCGACUCCCCGCUCUCGCCUUCAUCCUCAUCAUCAUCAACAGCCCCUUCCUCCUCUCUUCCCAAUUCAAAUCUCAAUCUUCAACCUUCUCAUCUCUCCAAUAUCUUCCAGGAAAACUAUGACCACCUGAAUGAGGCACUUGCUGGUACGGACCACUCAUGGACAGCUUUAACACUUAAGUUGUGCACUGCUCUGGAAACUGCAAACAAGUUGGUGCAGUCAACCAACUCUCAUGUUGGAUUGCUGUCGGAGAAGGUUGGGGAGCUUGAGAGUGUCAUUAAGAGGGGAGAUUCUGCCAUAGCAGCGGCGAAAACCAUCCACAACUCACUAAACCGAUGAGAAGGAUCGUUUAGCAGUCAGAAACUUGAACUACCAGGUUCGUGAUCACGUACCAAGCCAGAAAAGGAGGAUUGAAACAAUUUUCUUUUGCACAUAUGUGGAGCAGAAUGUUAGCCCAUUCUUCCUGUUGAGGAAGAGUUUGGCAGCAAUCUGGAAAAAGAGAAAUGUGAUCUAUUAGAGGUGUGUUCUUUCUUGUUGGUUGCUUUCAACUUCUUUUUUUUUUUUUUUUUGGUGAAUUUGCAGUGGUUGAAGUGAGCUAAAUAUUAAAUUAGGUAAUUCUAGAAUCGAGAUGUGAAGUUUCUUAUGUUACAGACAAAAGUUUUAGAUUGUUACCAACAAAGUGAGCUAAAUUAGGUCUUAAAUUGUUCUGCUGCAACGUUUGUUUGACUCGAGUCCAUAUCCUCUUCUGUACUGAUUAAGGCAAAACAAAGAACAUACUUCUUUUUUACACUUGAAGCAUUAUUUAAAACCAGUGCUUUCACAAA